AUGACAGUGUUAAGGUUCAAGCGUAUCUUUUGUGGGAGCUUUGUGGAGUCCGACGGAGCAUCCCAGGCAGUGUUCACCUUCCUUCUGAUCCCAUGUUGCUUGACUCUGGAUUUCAGAGCACCCCCUCUUAUCCCAAAUGUGCCUUUCCUCUGGGCCUGGAACGCCCCAACAGAACAUUGUCUUGGAAAGUUUAACAAGCCAAUAGACCUAAGCCUCUUCUCUUUAAUGGGAAGCCCCCGAAAAAACAAAACAGGGCAAGGUGUUACAAUAUUUUAUGCUAAUAGACUUGGCUAUUAUCCUUAUAUAAAUGCAAAAGGCACAGAUGUGAAUGGAGGAAUCCCCCCAAAGGGGUCCUUACAAGACCAUCUGGACAAAGCUAGGAAUGACAUUAUUAAUUACAUGCCAACAGACAGUGUCGGCUUGGCUGUCAUUGACUGGGAAGAAUGGAGGCCCACUUGGGCAAGAAACUGGAAACCUAAAGAUGUUUACAAGAAUCGGUCUGUUGAGCUGGUCCAGGAACAAAAUAUACAACUUAAUUUCCAACAGGCUACCAAGAUAGCCAAGGCUGAGUUUGAAAAAGCGGCAAAGAGUUUCAUGCAAGAGACUUUAAAACUGGGAAAAUCACUUCGGCCAAAUCACGUAUGGGGUUAUUAUCUUUUUCCUGAUUGUUACAACCAUAAUUAUUACCAACCCAAUUUCAAUGGAAGUUGCUUUGAUAUAGAAAAGAAAAGAAAUGAUGAUCUCAACUGGUUGUGGAAGGAAAGCUCUGCCCUUUUCCCAUCCAUUUAUUUGAAUAGCAACAAAUCUUCCCAAGAAGCUUUGCUCUAUGUGCGUAAUCGAGUUCAUGAAGCCAUUAGGGUUUCCAAAGUACCUGGUGCUGAAAGGCCGCUUCCAGUGUUUGUAUAUUCCCGCCUAGAUUUUUCUGAUCAAGUUUUGAAAUACCUUUCUCAGGAUGACCUUGUGAAUACACUGGGUGAAAGUGUUGCUCUGGGUGCCUCUGGAAUUGUGAUAUGGGGAAGCCUUACUAUAAUGCAAAAUAUGACAUCUUGUUUGAAUCUAGACAAUUACAUGAAGACAACACUGAAUCCUUACAUAAUCAACGUCACUCUAGCAGCCAAAAUGUGUAGUCAAGUGCUUUGCCAGGAGCAAGGUGUGUGUACAAGGAAAGACUGGAAUUCAAGUGACUAUCUUCACCUGAACCCAGAGAAUUUUGCUAUUCAAAUUGGGAAAGGUGGAAAGUACAUAGUACUUGGAAAUCCCACUCGUGAAGACCUACAGGAAUUUUCUGAUAAAUUUCAUUGCAGCUGUUAUCCCACCUUUAGUUGUGAUGAGAGAGAGGAUAUGGAAGACAUUAGUGUUAAUGUGUGUAUUGCUGACGAUGUUUGUAUAGAUGCUGCUCUAACAUCAAAAUCCAGUCACCAGCCUUCCAGCUGGAAUGAAAAAUCUUUCACUUCCCACCAUAUCUCAUCUUCCACACAAUCUGGCACAAUGUUCUUUGUUAAUAUUUUGUUUUUCACCAUAAGCUUUUCUGUGAAUUUGUAG